UGCCCGCCCCGCUGUGCUCAGCCGCUUGUCCCUCCUGCUCUGGGAUUGUCCUGUUUUAAUGCAGACGGGAGGUGCGGUUCUGCGGCGGGAGGAGCUGGUUCCGGUUUCCGAACGGAGGAGCCUUCAGUCGAGCUGGGUCGCUACAGAGACUAAAAUCUCAGCUGAAAUACUGUCGUGUCGGAAGGGAUUCACUCAGUCUGAGCUAAUGAUACACAUGUGAGAAAGGAUUCAUUCAGUUAUCCAGCCAGAUGAGGCAUCAGCGAGUUCACACCGGGGAGAAGUCGUACAACUGCUCCGAAUGCGGGAAUGGAUUCACUCAGUCGUCCUAUUUGCUGACGCACCAGAGAGUUCACACCGGGGAGAGGCCGUUCACCUGCUCAACAUGCGGGAAGGGAUUCACUCGGUCAUCUGAGCUGCUGAAACACCAGCGGGUUCACACUGGGGAGAUGCCAUACACCUGCUCCGUAUGCGAGAAGGGAUUCACUCAGUCAUACUUUUUGCUUAUGCACCACAGAGUACACACCGGGGAGAGGCCGUACACCUGCUCCGAGUGCGGGAAGGGAUUCACUCAGUCGUCCAAUUUGCUGACUCACCAGCGAGUUCACACCGGGGAGAGGCCAUACACCUGCUCCGAGUGUGGGAAGGGAUUCACUCGGUCGUCCCAUUUGCUGACACACCAGCGAGUUCACACCGGGGAGAAGCCAUACACCUGCUCCGAGUGUGGGAAAGGAUUCACUCAGUCAUCCAAUCUAAUGAUGCACCAGCGCGUUCACACCAGGGAGAGGCCAUUCUCCUGCGCAAUGUGUGGGAAAGGAUUCACUCGUUUAGACAACCUGACGAUACACCUGCGAGUUCACACUGGGGAGAAGCCGUACACCUGUUCAGAGUGUGGGAAGGGAUUCACUCAUUCGUCCAAUUGGCUGAAGCACCAGAGAGUUCACACUGGGAGAGGCCGUUCACCUGCUCGACAAGCGGGAAGGGAUUCCGUAUGUCAUACUACUUGAUGACACACCAGCGAGUUCACACCAGAGAGAGGCCCUUUACCCGCCCUACGUGUGGGAAGGGAUAUACUUCGUCAUCCAGUCUCGUGAAGCACCUGCGAGUUCACAGUGGGGAAGAGGUCUUUCACCUGCUCUGAGUUCAGGAAGGGAAUCCCUUGGUCAUCUGACCUGCUGAAACACCAGCGAAUUCACACUGAGGAGAAAGAUUAAACAUGCUGUAUGCUCAAUAUACAACCAUCACUGCUACUGAAAUCUUGCACAAAUUCACAAGUGUUGCAGGUGUUCACGGGGGUUCGAUUCUGUCGAUGCUGCUGAUCUUGCCCAGGAUUGAACCCUGGUCAUUGGGCACAGUUGAUUUUCUUUUGAGUUCAAUGUUCUGGAUCUUUGAU